AUGGCUAGCCACACCAGCCCAGACUUUGGCGUAAUCUCGGCCGUGCGAUACGACCCUUCCCUCGUGUCCCCGGCCAUCGUCGACGAAGCCCAGUUCGCCGCCUGCAAAGCCUCUCUCGACCCGACCCCGUUCUUCCUCUUCCCGCGACACAUCGCCCGGCUGAACGCGUCCUACAAAUACUUCUGGCCCGAGGAGGCUGCUGCUGCAGUCGCCAAAGACGGGACAGUGAUCAGCGCGGAGGCGUUGCUGGCCGCGCUGUACUCUGCGGUCAAGGACCCGAAGAAAGUCUGGCGGAUCCGACCGUUUGUGUACCGCGACCGGACGAUCAAGGUCGAGUCUAACGAGGUAGGUCCGCGGGCGGAUCUCUUCUCGGGUCUGAAAGCGGAUACGAAGCCGGAGGACGCGGACUCGUGGACGAUAUACAUCGACACGGAGGCCACGCCGCAGUCGUCAAUCACGAUGUUCAAGACCUCGAACCGGGACCCGUACACUGCCGCGCGGGAGCGCGUGCUGCCGCCAAACUACCCGGUCAGCGGCACUACGGUCGAGGUGCUGGUGUACAACGAGCAGCAGCAGAUCACGGAGGGCAGUCUGACGAACGUUGCGUUCUGGCGCGGCGGCGAGUGGGUUACGCCGUCGAGUAACGAGAUAGGCGGGUUGCGCGGGGCGGUGAAGGCCGAGCUGCUCGAGCGGGGCCUGAUUCGCGAGAUGAAGAGCGACGAGGCGGUGGGUGUUGAGAGCGUGAAGGAGGGCGAGAAGGUGCUGCUGAUGAACGGGGUGCAGGGAUGCACGUGUGGAUAUGUCAGACUGGGCGGUUAUAGAGAGGAUUAG